AUGUCGAGUGAUAGGGUCUUAGUUAGGAAAUUUGAGCUCUCUAAAAAGGUUCCUCACGAUGUUGUUAUGCGAUCCGAUGCGAUGCGCCUGCGCCGGCAAACGAUCGGAUUUCGCGCCGAGCUAGCGAUAACAACGCCGAGUCGGCCUCCCCACACGCUAUGCAACCUUGGCUUGGCUGGAGAUACGAUCCCUGCCCCAAAAAUUUCCAACAGGAAAAGUCCAGAGCUCAAGUCCAGAGCGCCCCUCCAAGAAGCACGACUCGAUGCGAAAUUCUCAACACCACAAGAGAGCGUCAUCAUGAAGCUCACGAAUCCCAACGAGGUGCCAGUAUACACCAUAUCUGGCGCUUCAACUGCCAGGCCUUUGCCAGACUGGCUUGCGCGCAAAAGGAAGCGCAGUCUCAAGAACGAUCCAGAAUACGCGAAUCGAGUCGAGUUACUCCAAGAUUUCGAGUUUGAGGAAGCCAGUACUUGCAUACGAGUUAGUGAGGAUGGAGAAUGGGUUAUGAGCACAGGAACAUACAAACCGCAAAUACAUGCCCAUUGUCUGCCACAUCUUUCGCUAUCUUUCGCUCGACAUACUACCUCACUAAACCACUCUUUCGUUCUACUUUCAUCCGACUACUCCAAGUCACUGCAUUUACAAGUCAAUCGAAAACUCGAAUUCCAUACUCCAGGAGGUUGCCACUAUGAAACUCGACUUCCAAGGUACGGCAGAGAUCUCGUUUAUGACAGGCAAUCGGCGGAAGCUCUUGUACCUGCUGUAGGUGUUAAUGCAGAGGGCAGUGGUGAGGUGUACAGGCUGAACCUCGAAGUUGGACGCUUCAUGAAGUCCUAUGAGGUCGACGUUGGUGGGGACGACUUGACUACAUCCGGAGGAUUGCAAGGUGGUAUCAACACGGGCAGUGUCAAUUGUGCUGCAAUCGCAGAAGAUAGCCAUAACUUGCUAGCAUUUGGUACAUCGAUUGGGACAGUGGAGUUUUGGGACUCGAGGUCGAAAGCAAGAGUUGGGAUAUUGGCUGGGCAAGAGGGACAAAUCACGGCCUUGGAUUUCGACAGGUCGGGCUUGUCACUUGCAACCGGUUCGUCUGAGGGCAUAGUGCAACUUUUUGAUCUUCGUCGACCAGUUCCAAUUUUACGGAAGGACCAAGGUUACGGCUACGCCAUCAACACGCUCAUGCAUAUGACAACAUCCUCGCAAGAAAAGAAGAUUCUUUCGGCAGAUAAAAGAAUCAUCAAGAUAUGGGACGAGGCAGAUGGGACAGCGUGGACAUCAGUUGAACCAGCUGUUGACAUUAACUCGGUCGCAUGGUGCAAACAAAGCGGUAUGGUUUUGACCGCCAAUGAAGGCAAACAACAGCAUGCUUUCUUCAUACCUCAACUUGGGCCCGCACCAAAAUGGUGCUCUUUCUUGGACAACAUGGUGGAAGAAAUGGCUGAAGAAGCGCCAGCGGAGACCUACGACAACUACAAAUUCUUGACACUACCCGAACUCAAGUCACUCAACCUUGGCCAUUUGGUUGGAAAAACAAAUUUGUUACGCCCAUACAUGCACGGCUACUUUGUUGCAUCGAAACUCUACGAGGAAGCACGUCUCAUCGCCAACCCUUACAUCUGGGAUGAUGAACGCACGAAGAGAGUCAAAGAAAAGGUCGAGAAGGAGCGCGCCAGCAGAAUUAGGGGUGGCAAGAAAGUUAAGGUCAAUCAAAAUCUGGUCGACAAAAUGCUCAAGAGGCAAGAGAGAAGACAAGUGGUUGACCAAGAUAAAGGGGUACUGGGUGAUGAACGUUUCGGGAAAUUGUUUGAGGAUGAGGAGUUCGCUGUUGAUGAACGCAGCAGAGAAUUUCAGAUGCUCAAUCCAAGUACCAAGGUUGGCGUUGCAGGCCAGCCUAGUGCAGUGGGUGCUGGCAGUGACUCGGAUGAUAGUGAGGGUAGUGACAGCGAUGGAAAUGCUCCAAAACCCAAGGAGAAGGUCAAGCCAGAGAUGCGUAUAUCUUCUUCGUCUUACAAGAAAUCUGGGCAUCAAAAGCAAGACACUUCCUUGGGUGGCCGUUCGCAAGGGAACGGCCGCAUCAGCAAGAACAGAGGGGAUGUGGUUGGAGAACGGUCAAUUACUUUUGCACCAGCCGGACGAAAGAAGGAAGAAAAACCAAAACCAACCGAACGAAAGGGACGAAGGGACGAUGGUAGAAGAAGCGCUAGUGGCAACGUUUUCAGGAAGUUGUAA